AUGCACGCCGAGCAGGAUUACACCACCUUCUACCCCUGCAGUGAGCUGCCCGUUCGUGGAUACACCACCCUCUGCUUGAACAAUGCCCAGAGCAAAACGGGCCUCAUGAACGACCUCGACUUCGAGACAAUGAUGACCGACGUGGGAACGGGAGUGCAAUUCCUACGCAACCUGACCGACAUUGAUCAGGUGAUUAUCUGGGGUCACUCCGGCGGCGGUGCGAUGAUGGCCGCGUACCAAAACGUGGCCGAGAACGGAGCCUCUGCCUGCAACGGAACCGAAAAGCUGUACCCCUGCUCCAGCGCGAUGGAUGGGCUGCCCGCUGCCGACGGAGUCUUGCUCAUUGAUGCCAACUUUGGCCUGUCCACCAUGACCCUGCUCUCUCUCAACCCUGCUAUCACCAACGAGACUACUGGAGCCGAUAUCAACUCCAAGCUGAACUUGUACAGCGCGGCCAACGGCUGGACCGAGGACGGUGCCAACUACACCACCACCUUCGUUCGGGAGUUCUUGGCUGGCGUUGCCGCGCGCUGGAACCGCAUUCUGGCCUCUGCGACCGAGCGCAACGAGCUCAUUGCCGCCGGUAACGGAGACUACAGCGAUGACGAAGGAUUGGUCAUCCCCGACGCCAACUACCUGGGCUUCAACAACAAGCUCAUCACCCAGGACGUGCGCUAUCUGGCUCACACCAUCUACAAGUGGCCGCUCCUGCACAAGGACGGCAGCAACACCACUCAGGUUGUCCCGUCCACCACCAUCACUCGCUUCCUGUCCACCUUUGCCAUUCGUGUCGAUGCCGAUAACUUCCGUGUUACCGCGGACAACAUCACUGGUGUCGACUGGACCUCGUCGCAGACUGCUCCCAUUGGCAGUGUUCCUGGCAUCUCCAAGCCCCUGCUGACCAUGGGUAACACGGGUCACUACGAGUACCUCAACGCGGAGAAGAUCUACUUGGCUGCGACCACCAAGGACAAGUCGAUUGCCUUUACUGAGGGUGCCCAGCACACUAUUGAUACCUGUACCGCCUGCGAGAGCUACCCUGGUCAGUACGGUGACACGGUCAAAACUGCUUUCAACUUCAUGGACAAGUGGCUGAGCCAGCCGGGCCGUUUCAUCUCUGCCUGA